UAAAAAAAAUAAAUCGAGAUGCUGCUACGACGUGGCGUCCAAACUAAGCCACACGGCUAAUAAAUACGGCCGGCACACUUUCACUGCAUCAAGAAAGGAAGAAACAUACCGAAUGAGAGCAUCAAACUCUUCUUCUUCGAUUUCCAUUGCGAAGCGUUACUUUUUCUUCUUCUUUCUCUUCAUUUUCUUCGCUCUUCGAUCUUCGUCCGGGGACUGCUCCGAAUACCACCACCACCACUCGCCGAUGGCCACGAUCGGAGGCUUACACGACUCCCAAGGCUCUCAAAACAGCGUCGAAACCGAAGCCCUUGCUCGAUUCGCCGUAGACGAACACAACAAGAAGCAGAAUUCGCUUCUGGAGUUUGCUAGGGUGGUUAGGGCACAGGAACAGGUUGUUGCUGGUACCCUGCAUCACCUUACUCUUGAGGCUAUUGAGGCUGGUGAGAAGAAGCUCUAUGAAGCCAAGGUGUGGGUGAAACCAUGGCUGAAUUUCAAAGAACUCCAAGAGUUCAAGCCUGCUGGUGAUGCACCAUCGUUUACCUCUGCUGAUCUUGGUGUCAAAAAGGAUGGUCACCAACCAGGAUGGCAAUCUGUGCCAACACAUGACCCUCAAGUUCAGGAUGCAGCAAAUCAUGCGAUCAAGACCAUCCAGCAAAGGUCUAAUUCACUAGUACCCUAUGAGCUUCAUGAGGUUGCUGAUGCAAAGGCUGAGGUCAUUGAUGAUUUUGCUAAGUUUAAUCUGCUUCUCAAAGUCAAGAGGGGACAGAAGGAAGAGAAGUUUAAGGUAGAGGUACACAAGAAUAACCAAGGGGGGUUCCAUCUAAAUCAGAUGGAACAAGAUCAUUCCUAAUUCUGAUCUGAAGUUUGGUCACCCUAGCAAUAUUGUUCUUAUCUAUGUCUAGUGCUUACCCCUUUCUCUUUGCCUUGGCAAAUAAGUAGUUUUACAAUGUGUGUAUCCCUUUAUUAACUGGGAAGCUACCGGUGAUGUUACAUUAGUAACUUUGUAACGUAAAUAUUACUUUAGUAUCAUAAAAAAUGCGGAUGUUGACCAUUUGUAUUUAACGUAGCCUAAAGAAUGCGAAUUAUUUUUUUUACCUUUAUAAA